GAAAUCAAUUCCUCAAAUUUCCUCUUCAUUUUCCUUUCCUUUCCCACAUUUUCUCAGCUACCAAACGGACGAAGAUCAACCAUUUCAAACUUCACUACUACACUCUCCAACACCAUCGCCAGAUAUUUCCAUUCAAUUUUGUCCUUACGAAUCGAAAUCCUACUGGUGCAAAAAGGACGUCGAAUCUGCGAACGCUGCAGCCAAUGAAUUACAGAAGGUUGGAUUUAGUGUCCGUUUGAUUAGUUUACAAGUUGAGGAUAGAACUAUUGUUAAUAGUCCGGAUUAGUCGGAAGGAAAUCUGUGAAAACGGAGACAAGGUGUUGAUUUGCAAUUUGUGUAAAACUGGUGAAGCCUUGAAGUUAUAAGCUGUGAUCAUCGUUCGAGAUUCCGAUCCCUUAGAUUUGUGCUUGUUGGGUCCGAAUAUAUGAUUAACUGUCUUUCUCCAGUUCUUUGGGAGCACCGUUCCUCCAAAGCGUCUCUUUUAGAUGGCCUUGAGGAAGGUGGUCUUAGGGCCUCCUCCUCCUCAUACUCCCAUGACUUUAAUGAGCAUGACAAUGACAAAGCCGUGAAAAGUUUACAAGAUAGAGUUGUUUUUCUGAAGAGAUUAACAGGUGAUAUUCAUGAAGAGGUGGAGAGUCAUAAUCGCUUGCUUGACCGAAUGGGCAAUAGCAUGGAUGUGUCAAGGGGUAUAUUGUCUGGAACAAUGGAUAGAUUUAAAAUGGUAUUUGAGAAAAAAUCAAGCCGGAGAAUGUGUGUACUUGUGGCAUAUUUUGUGGUUUUCUUCUUAAUCAUAUACUUUCUAUUUAGGAUUCGCAAAUACUUCAUGCAUAGCUGAACCAGAAUCAUACAAGAUUUUUAUCUCAAAUUUUUUAUCAAGCGAAGAAUGUGGUGCAAAGGUAUCUCUCUCAAGCAGCUGAGCAUGUGAAAAUGCGGUUUCAAAGCGAUCAGCAUUAGGAAUAUUUUUCAUUUCUCUAUACAGAGUAUUAUGCCUGAAAGGAUUGGCCAGCUGCUGGAGGUGAGCUGCUUGUUAAAUUGUACAGUAGCAGAUAAGCGACAUUUGCUUCUUGCUUUACAUUUAUAAAACCUUACUGUUGCAUGUACUGUUGCACGGUUUUCUUGAUCUCAUGGCCCUAUGUUGUUACCGGAAAGUUAGAUGCACGGUUUGUCGGUUAUGGCGGGGAUUUAUAAGGUAGUCAAUGUUAAUGUAUGGAUCUUUGAUUUACAGAAAAGCAAAUUCUUCGUUGUCAUAAGCGUUGUAGGUGCAUCUGAUUGAGGGCUAUAAAACUUGGCAUCUUGGCAUGUAAGGCAAAUUUGGAUGUGGGUUGUUUUGUUAGAAAAUUGUGGUGGUAAUGUCAACUUGGUACUGUGCCUGUGAA